AUGUUUGGUGAGCGCUGGGCUCACUUGCACGCCGGCUCGAAUCCGAGUCAAACACAAACCGAUGACGACAAUUCCCCCAUCUUACCUCGGCCAACCGAUUCGCAGUUAGCUGCACAGGAUGCCUACAGCAACUUUCAACGCCGCGAUCGUUACAUGUCUCGUAUGGAACCGCUUCCCAUGGUGUCGAGCCUCCGGAGUACCCAGGCUCCCAAUCAUCCGUCGCGGAGCUCCACUACAUCCCCGGCGGGAGCUGCUCCUCCCUUCAGCAGACCAGCUUCGAACACACGGGGCGAAUCGUACAUUUUUGGGGAUGAAACCUCAAAUCCUUACACAGCCGGCCGUCGAUGGGUUGAGUCCCGUCGGCAGGAACGCGCUCAGCGCAGCGGGUCAACCCUUCUUGUUCCCCCGGCUGUUGGCCAUGGUGCGGCGGGCAUUGAUGGCCUCGGUGACCGUAGCAGAAGUCUUAGUCCCGAUGGCGACAAUGCAUGGGAGACGCUGUUGACCACGAUUGCUCCGGAUCCGCAGCCCCCGAGCGUUGGCUCUUCCUUUGCUUCUGCUACAGCAUCGGCGGCUGCGACACAGAGCACCGUUGCUGCCUCUUCCAGGACCUCUUUCACCAACCCCCAGACCGUCGAGGUGGAGCUCGCGUCGGGAUGCGACAAUUCUGACACAGACGAGGACGAGCUCGAGGAUGAUAUUAGAAAUUUUAUUCUUCCCCGCGCUCGUAGCACCGGACGGUCAUGGGCAGACGUUGCCGGGCGUAGCGGCAGCAGCAGCGACGACCCCUCGGUCUUUGGUGGAGUUGAGGUGAUGCAGCGGCUCGUCCGCAGCCUUGCUCAACGUGAGGAUAUUCCAGACGACUGGUGGGCAGAGGUGGGACUGAGCAGGACUUUGUCCCGCGAGGCCUCGGCCAACUGA